AUGACGUCCGGCACAGGCUUGUUGCUCCUGAAGCGACAAACAGGUUCUGCACCACUUGGUUCGCGUGCUGACGACAGACAGACCACACAGACGUGCUGGCGAGCGAGCCAUGGUUCCGCGGCGCCACAAGCAGCAGCGGGAUGGGCGAAGAUGAUGUUCGCAUUCGCGAAUGGUGCUGUCGAUGGCAAGAGCAGGGCGAGCGGCGAGGACAAAGGGCGAGGAAGCUUGCUUUUGCGUCUUUUUGCCCGUCGUACUGACGAUCACCACGUCGGUGGAAGCAUGUUGCACGCUAAUAGACGUCGAGUCGAGCAGUUGGGUGCAGACGGGCGUCUGCGUCUCAAACACGCCACGGCCAGACUUUUUGAAACACGGCUGCUUUUGACGCCGUCGGGCACUGAGGGAUCCAGCACACACACGCACACACACGCACACACGCACACACACAGCACACAGCACAGCCCAGCCACACGCACCGUCUCUGGCGGGGGCUGCUCUCGGUAUGCCGACGCACUGCGCCUUGUCCUCGCCCUUCAGCUGGCAGUUCCGGUUCAUUCCGAGACCAGGAUGCGGCGGCAAUGA